AUUACAUUUCUAAGUGGAGAAGUAUCUGAUCAUUAUUGUUCGUUUUUCUCCCUCUGCUUCUCUUCCAGAAAAAAUGGGUUUUUCCAUUUUCAUCUCUACUCAAGCUUUGAUAACAUUUUGUGAAUGUCUUUUUUGUUCUUGUGGUUGUCUUGCGUCUGUUCAUGGCGAAAGCCAGACCACCAAGAACCAUAGAUUCCUAUACGAUUAAAGGAACAAACAAAGUCAUUCGAGUCGGGGACUGCGUUCUUAUGCGGCCCUCGGACUCGUCGAAGCCCCCUUAUGUAGCCAAAGUGGAGAAGAUCGAAACGGACAGUAGAGGUCAUGUGAGGGUUAAGGUUCGAUGGUAUUAUCGCCCUGAGGAAUCGAUCGGAGGACGAAGACAGUUCCAUGGUGCCAAGGAGGUGUUCCUUUCUGAUCAUUAUGAUCUGCAGAGCGCCGAUACUAUUGAAGGAAAGUGUACUGUCCACAGCUUCAAGAGCUACACUAAGCUCGAUGCUGUUGGUAACGAGGAUUUCUUCUGCCGUUUCGAGUAUAAUUCCAACACUGGGGCCUUCAAUCCCGACAGAGUUGCUGUAUACUGCAAGUGUGAAAUGCCUUACAAUCCUGAUGACCUGAUGGUUCAGUGUGAAGGAUGCUCUGAUUGGUUCCAUCCCCAUUGUAUAGAUAUCACUCCAGAGGAAACUAAAAGACUUGAACACUUCUUCUGUCAAAGUUGCUCCCCUGAAGAUCAGAAGAAGCUGAACAGCUUUCACAAUCCUACUAGACAGCCAGAGACAAAGGUGGAUACCAAACGCCGAAGGAGAUGAUUGGGUUAGCUUUUACAUACACAUGCAGCAGCAGGACAGAGAUAUUCUUAAGUAAUCUUGGCUUCUCUCUUUCUCUCAUGGAGGCUUUAGGCAACAGAAAUGUAUAGAAACUUGCCAUUAACAGAAUGUUAUGGGAAUAAGGUUGGCUUACAUAUUGCCAUAUCUUAAUUUGGUCUAGGGGACCUGUAAAGUGGCACAUUUACCCAAGGAAGGUAAAAAUGGUGCUUGUUGGUCUGUAAAUAGGAAUUCUGGAAUUGUGUCUCCUGUUUUGUUCCUUCUUAAGGUCUUCUUUGUAUCAUCCCCCCCCCCCAGUGGCCUGUUGCAGCAUACCGGACAUUUGUAAAGGGAAAGGACCUUUCUUAUGUACUUAUGCUCUUAUUUUUUGCACGGAAUCCUCUGUGAUGGAUAGCUCCA